AUGCCUCCCAAGAAGACCAAGGCCGAGCGCGCGGCUGCGACCGCCGCGGCUCGCGCCGCCGCCACAGCGGCCCGCGAGGCCAAAAAGCGCAAGGCGUCGGAGGUCGAGGGCGAGGAGGGAGGGGAGGGCGAUGGAGGACAGGACAACGUCCCUCCUCCGGGUCCCGAGCCCGAACCCGAGCCCGAGACUCCGGUCAAGAAGAAGAAGAAGAAGCCCGCCAAGGCGGCCCCUUCUGAGAAGGGAAAGGGCAAGGCCACCGAGGCCGAAGAGGAGGAGGAGGGGGAGGCGGAGCCGCAGCCGCUGAGAGAGGAGCCCUGCGAUCGGUGCGUUCGCAGCGCACUGAACGGGGUCUCUCUCGGUGAUUGCCGCGUCGGUAGCGCAACCAAGUGCGCUCGUUGCAAGAAGGGGAAGACCCCUUGCUAUCCUCUUUCUCGCGCGGCGUUACCGUUCGCCCGCCGAUUCCUCGCCUCCAAGGCGGUCGAGGGCACGCCUCGAAAGGUAUGUUUGGUAUCCGUUUCUUUUAUCUUUCUGUUUCUGACAUGGUGGUCUUUCAGGACCUUGCUCGACUGA